AUGGCGCGGUCGACGCACUGCGUCUACCCAGCCACAGCGAAAGACCGCAGCACAACCAACUCCACCACGCCCUCCACAUCCACCUCCCAAUCCAACAACCUCCCUCACCUCCCCCACGCCCCGUCCCCGUCCCUCCCGACCGGAUCAUCCUCCAACUCCCGCCGCCUCCUCGAGCUCGAACUCAUGCACCGCUGGACCACACGCACCUACAUCAGCCUCUGCAGCAUCCCGCCCGACACGCAAAUAUUCCAACUCGGCCUCCCGCAAAAAGCCCUCCAAUACGACUGGCUCCUCAACAGCAUCCUCGCCCUCUCCGCCCUCGACCUAUCCUGCACGACUCCCCGCACCGCCCCCGCCGCCACAACUUACGCCCGCGCCGCCAUCGAGUACUACGACGCCUCCGUCCGCUCGUACCGGUCCGCCGUCGCGGACAUGACGGUCGAAAACCACGACAGCCUGUUCUCGGUCGGGUACGUCGUCGCGGUGUACGCGGCCGCGAGCAUGCGCGUGCCGCGCGAAGACGGCAGCUUGCCGAGCGUGCUGGCGCAGGCGCCGCAGUUCUUCGACUUGCUGGCGGGGACGUCGAUGAUUAGCAGGCGCUGCAUGGAGUGGUUGAUGCAGUCGAUGGAGUCGGUGCGGAUAAUAAAGUUGAUGGAGCCGGCGACGGAGGCGGAUUUGGAUGGCGGGGCGCGGGCGGCGUUGGCGAGGUUGGGGGUUGCGAGGGAUGGGAUGUAUCCGCCGCUCAUGCCGAUGGAUUUUGCAGGGGCGGCGGCUGGGAUUGCUGGAGGGGAGGGGGAGGACGUCGUUGUGGUGGGAGAAGCUGAGCGGCUGUUUGAGCCGAAUCCGGAGCGGGAGAUGUAUGCGAGGCUGAUCCCGCAGAUCGCACGGUGCUUCGCUGAGGAUGCUAGAGGUAUCGUUGAUGGUAUUUGCUUGGCUUUUCCGGCGAUUGCUGGCCCUGAGUUCAAGUUUGCCAUCGAGAGGUCCGAGCCUAUGGCGCUGCUUGUUCUCAUGUACUGGGCGGUCUGUCUUGAAUAUCAUGGCAUGAAGAUGUGGUGGGCGAAUGGGCUCGGAACACGGCUGAUCGUGGAAAUAACGGAGGUGUUGGAGCGAUCGGAAGCCUAUUUGAUGCCGGAGUUUUGGGAGGCAGUGGACUGGGCGAGACGCCGGGUGGGGUUGCCGGGACUGCUGCACAUUAGUUGUUCCCAAGUGGACGUGGUUGAGCUAGAUGAUGGGGCAGAUUAUGCGCAUUUGUAG